AUGCGAGGUCGUUAUCGUUUCCAGCACCCGAUUGUCGUCGAACUCAAUGCCACGCCGAAUCUUGGUAGCCGCUUUUCGCCGCAGCAAAACACCGAGGCCGAGAUCGGCAAGAUAGAGAUUAACUUGUUGGGCUUCACCAGACCCUCCGAACUGCCUGCACUCGCUGCGUCUGCGACGAUUGCGAAGACGGCAUGA